UAAAUAAAAAAGACCUCAGUUUCAUCAGCUCCACUAAAACAGAGGCGGUGAUUGGAUCAGAGUUGGAUAUUGCACUUAAUAAGUAACCAGAUACCAGAGCCCAACAGGCAUUUGAGGUUAGAACAACGGGCUGAGUGCUGCAUCCACAGUUUGUGUUAUUCUUACCAUUAUCAUCAUUUGAACAUGAAAGGCAUCUGGAUUGGUGUCAUCGUUGGGGUGUCGGUUGCUGCUGUGAUUAUGGUAGCGGGACUUUCGUUUGGUCUGACGAUGGGCAAAAAAGGAUUCAUUUCAACUUUCAUGACGAACUGUGGGAAGCACAAAGGAGCUAACUGUCCGAAGAUAUGGGAAGCAUUUUCUCAAGCCUAUGUGGGGAAGAACUCCUGUGAAGUUCCGAUGGAGGCGUAUGACUCUCUCAUACAAAGAGCUCCUAUUGAACCUAUGCACAGCACGGCGCUCCUCUGGAGCAAAACAGACGGUUUUCAACAGCGCUACAAAACAAACACUAAGAGUUUGGUCUUGGGGGACACUCUGUUGGGAUCUUUGCUGGGCAAUGAGACCUGGUGUGGAAAAGAGGGCAGUGAAGAAACCAUCACGUCUGGAUGCCCAAGUUGGGGCGAAAAUGAUUGUGAGAACAACCCCGUCCGCUCGUUUUGGAAGAGAGCCUCAGCUGCUUUUGCAGAUGCUGCCCGUGGUGAUGUGACGGCUUUGCUGAACGCAGACAUUGAUGAUCCUUUCAGCCCGACGAGUAUGUUCAGGAGCAUUGAAAUAAAAAGGCUCAGGCACCCCAUGGUUGAGAGCAUGAAGGUGGUUCUGGUCACAAAGAACUACCCUGGGAAUAACUGUGAGAAACCAUUCCUAGAAGACCUACGGAGGGAGCUGGACACACAAAUCACGUACAGCUGCACAGAAGUGUCUAACGGACACAAAUGUUUGGCAUCUCUACUUGUUUACUUGUUGCUCAUUGGCCAGUUUUUUUUAUAGAAAACACAAUUUUUCAAAAUAAAUACUUUAAAUAACAUUUUUUGACAUUUUUUUGUUUAAGAUCAUGCAGGUGCUUUUGCUAAGUCAGGUCAAGUGUCAAACUACUGUAACUGGUGCUGGUUUUCUAAUAAAAGGUGAACGUGUGGAUCAUAAUGUGAUG